AAAAACGUUCUACCGGAAAGUGUAACGCUUGUGGUUGACUCUACCAUUUCAGUUCAACAUGUCUUCCUUUCAGACCGUUAUCUGUCACUAGAAGCGUCUGGAUAUUUCGCCGACUCUCUACGUUUUGAAAGCAACAAGCUCACGGGUCGUUGUCAGCCUAGACACAGAAAAACAGCAUCAUCAUCCUCAUCAAUGGUGUGUCUACAUCCUAGAGCCGUCACAUUCUCCUGUGUCCGCUCAAUGAACCUGAGUCUGCUCAGCUCUCAUCGCGGCUGCACAUGUAUGGCGUUUGCGUGUCUUGGAGGGGAGUUUUGCCAAGCCCAGCACCUAAUGCGUAUUGUGGACAAGUGAACAGGAGACAGCAGUAAGCUAAACACUGCCAUUCACUCACACAGGUCCUUCUUGCCUCGUUGAACCCAUAUGAAGAAAAGCCAACCUUCAGUUUGUCACCUGUCCUGGGGAGAAGGGGUGGAGUUGAUUUUAGCCCAGGACUUUCUUGUCUGUUCUACUCCUUUCCUGCUUUUCCUUCCCUCUUCACCUCUGACUCGUACAAGUCUUCAUUGAAUGGGCUAAGAAAUUUGAAGGAUUGAAGGAUAGAUCCUUUUUCUAUCCUCAUUUUCCCCUGGAAUUUAGGUCUUUUUCAUCCAAUCGUGUUGUAAUCCCAAUUUUAUUUUUUCUUUGCCAAGAAUAGUUACAUUUUUUAUUUUUUCCAAAGAAUUUUUUUUGUUAGACUAAAUUUUUUUUGCCAAAUCAAUACAAUAUUUACAUAUUUACAUUUAGUUAAGUGUAUUUUUUAUUUGCUACUUUUGAGAAGAAAUAGGAGUUUUGCUUUUAUUUCUUUGACAAUCUAUCUUUUACUCCUUUUUUUUGAAAGCACUGUACCUCUCUUACUUUUAAUUCUUCGUUGAAAAACCUUUUAUCUGUCUAAAAAUGAACCGACCAGCUCCAGUGGAAAUCUCUUUUGGCUCUCUGAGAUUCCUCAUCACUCACAACCCCACCAAUGCACAACUGGGAAGGUUUAUAGAGGAUCUGAAGGCAUAUGGCGUUAACACUUUGGUGAGAGUGUGUGCUGCCACGUAUGAUAAGGCACCAGUGGAACAAGAAGGCAUACAGGUUCUGGACUGGCCUUUUGAUGAUGGUUCGGCUCCACCAGACCAAGUGGUGGAGGACUGGCUGAACCUGCUGCAGACAAAGCUCAGAGAUGAGCCUGGUUGCUGUGUGGCUGUGCACUGUGUUGCUGGAUUAGGACGAGCUCCCGUGUUGGUGGCCUUGGCUCUAAUUGAGUGUGGUUUGGAAUAUGAAGAUGCAGUGCAGUUCAUAAGAAUGAAGCGUCGUGGGGCGUUGAACUCCAAGCAGCUGCUUUACCUCGAAAACUACAAACCUAAACUGUGUCUGCGCUGCAAAGACACUGUGGGCCAGAACUGCUGUAUACAGUAGGAAUCGACAACCCCGACACAGCCUCACUGCAACUUCAUUGGAAAUUCUCAUCAUUUGAUUUUAAAUGGGAAGUUCACCUGAUUUUUUUCUUUUCUUUUUUUUUGUAAUUUAUUCAAAGCACUUUUGAGAUGCAGCCCUGAAACUGUAGAGAUAUUGAAAGUUGUUAUUUUCCAUUCCUUGGUCUGUAACCUCACAUGUAGCAAAGCUGCACAAAGAUUUAGUGAGUCUUUAAUUCCAGAAGGUGGCAGUAUUGCAACAUCAUGGAUGCGAUCUGCCAUUUAAUCCCAUAGAAGAAGAGAAGAAAGCAAACCGUUUGAAUUUAAACCGUCACAUUGAAAUUGUGUGGCAUUAAAACCUUUAUCACAAAGGUCACUCACUAUAAUGAAUUCUUUUUGGUCACAUUAAGGUCAGACUUAAUCAAGCUUUAUUUCGUCUAAGCGUUGACACUGAACCUUGUAUAAAUAGUUGUUCGUAUGUUCACAUGGGUUAGGCUUGCUGAGGCUGCUUUAUUCCUGUCUUUUCUUAUCGAACCAAAUCACUGUCCUGCAGUCAGGAUGUGGCAUAGUUGACAACGAUUUCAGAAAAGUAAGAAAAAGAUUCAGGCUUUGAUGCAAAUAGGAAUUAUGCUGUAUUCAAUAAUGCUACAAUGUACCUCUGUACUGUGUGCUCCUAGACCGUGUAGAAGGUUGAAUCACUCGUCUUUACUUCUUCUUCCCACUGUACAAAUGUGAAGCCAAAUUAACCUGGAUACAGGAGCUGCCAUCUUGUGCUGGUCAUUGAAGUCUGUGCGUGAGUAGUGAGAGUGGAGCCCUGGUGUUGACGUCUCGCCAUUACACUCGCUCGAUCAAUCACUGGCUACUCAGUCUCAGCUGUCAAUCACAAUGUUU